UUUAAUCUUAAUCUUAAUAAGUGCUUCAUCAUCCAACCUGGAAUGGAGGUCCUCAAGAAGGAUGCGAGGAAGAAAGGGAGACCUGGGCGAACCAUGGACCCAAACUGGAGCCAGACCAUCUACAGAGUUAUGGAGGUUCUUCCAAACAAUAUGGUUAGGCUGGAGACCCUGGAUGGAAAGCCCAAGCAUAUGAUGACCCGUAUGCAUCACUGAAACCUCUGCGCCCGAGGACUCACCCUGGCUGGCCAAAGGAUUCCCCUUCAGCCCCUGUGCUUCCAGGAGAUGCUGAAAUGCUGACUUCAUCAUCGGAGGAGGAAACUGAGUGUCAUUGUUUCACGGACCAUACAUAUGCUGGCCCCACAUCACCCUGGAAAAAGGAGCUGCACCCCGACCAGAAACAACUGCUCGAGUAUGUUUUGGCCUGCGAUCGUCCAGCUAUGGAACUGAUCGUUAAAGAGGGAGGGGUGUGUUUAACCCGAGAAGAGUUUUGGUCUCUCGGGUUGUCCAGAGACAUGGACUCCACGGGCAAAGAUGUCUUCAUUGCCAACAUGUAUAUUGUACCAACGUGGAAGCACAAAGACGUCGAUCCAAUGUCAAGCCUUCCAAGGGAUGCACAUCUAAAGGAUGCACUCCUCUUCCCAGCGUGGAGCAAGCACAACGGGCCAGAGCAUUACCUUCUCUGUCCAUGUUCCAGUGGUGUGCUACAGGGGUCCCCAACCACAGAGUCAUGGACCAGUACUGGAGCAUUGCACAGCACAUCGUCCCAGGAAGCUGGAGUGAGCUCACUGGAAAAGACAUGCAGGAGAUCCCACGCCAGACCUCGGGGAAUGACUGUGGUGUUUUCAUGCUCAUGUACUCCCUCUGGCUCUGUACGGACACUACUUUUCACUACAGUGUGCUGGACAUGCAGUCAAUCCGGCGUUGUAACUGCCUGCGAUGAGGUGGCGACUUGUCCAGGGUGUACCCUGCCUUCCGCCCGAAUGCAGCUGAGAUAGGCUACAGCGACCCCCCGCGACCCCAAAAAGGGACAAGCGGUAGAAAAUGGAUGGAUGGAUGGAUUAGUAACUGUAAUCUGAAGAGCUUUUCUUCAAUUUCCCCAAAGGCAUGGCCAGAAGUUCUGUUAUUGGACAGACAAGGCAAGCGGCCUAUUGCAGGGCAUUCUUCAGCCAGUCUUUAGGGUAUCCAGAACUCAGUCCAGGCCAUCGACUGCGUCAUCAAAGAUUAACUGAAUACA